CAGGCAGGCAGCCAGCAAGCAGAUUUGGGUCAGUCGGGGCAGCGAGUCAGUCGAGAAACACCCAGAGAGUACUGCAAGAGGAAUUGCAGAUAACAGCAGAUUUUGAAAUUAGUUUAGAAUAAUAGGAUACAAUGGCGACAGACUCAUGGGCGCUGUCAGUUGACGAACAGGAGGCUACAUCCGAAAAAACCAGCUUCUUGAAGAUGAGGUUAAAACGAGAGAUGGCAAAUGGAACACCAAAAGCAAAGCCAGGAAGAAAUGCAAAUGCAGGAGAUGCAUUUGGUGACGAUGAGGAAGAAAAAGAGGACAAGGCGGCUCAGUCACUGCUGAAUAAAUUAAUCCGAACCAAUCUUGUGCAUAACACAAACCAAGUCGAAAUCCUACAAAGAGAUCCAAACUCCCCUUUGUACUCGGUGAAAUCGUUCGAAGAACUGCGCCUGCAGCCUCAGUUGCUCCAGGGGGUGUAUGCCAUGGGUUUCAACAGACCAUCCAAAAUCCAAGAGAGUGCCUUGCCAAUGAUGCUGGCUGCACCACCUCAAAACCUUAUCGCCCAAUCCCAGUCUGGUACUGGUAAAACUGCCGCUUUUGUGCUGGCUAUGAUGACUUAUGUCAAUCCAGAGGACAAGUGGACUCAGUGUAUAUGUCUCUCGCCGACUUACGAACUAGCCUUGCAGACCGGCAAAGUGGUCGAAGACAUGGGACAGUUCUACCCCGAAGUGAAGGUUGCUUAUGCAAUUCGGGGCUCUGCUAGAAUGGAGCGAGGGUAUAAGGUGCAAGAGCAGAUUGUCAUCGGCACCCCUGGCACGCUGCUGGACUGGUGCUGGAAGCUUAAGUUCAUCGACCCAAAGAAGAUCACCGUGUUUGUGCUGGACGAAGCGGAUGUCAUGAUCGGCACUCAAGGACAUCAGGACCAGAGCAUCCGUAUCCAAAGGAUGUUGCCAAAGGACUGCCAGAUGCUGCUCUUCUCCGCCACCUUUGAGGAGUCCGUCUGGUCGUUUGCCAAACGGAUCAUCCCGGAGCCCAACAUCAUCAAGCUCAAGCGUGAAGAGGAGACCUUGGACACCAUCAAGCAGUACUACGUGGAGUGCAACAAUAAGGAGGACAAGUUCACUGCCAUCUGCGACAUCUAUGGCGCCAUCACCAUCGCACAGGCCAUGAUCUUCUGCCAUACCCGUAGGGCGGCGAGCUGGCUGGCAGCAGAGCUGAUUAAAGAAGGGCACCAGGUGGCGCUGUUGAGUGGGGAGAUGAGCGUGGAGCAGAGGGCCGCCGUCAUCCAGCGCUUCAGACAGGGGAAGGAGAAGGUGCUCAUCACCACCAACGUGUGCGCCAGAGGAAUUGAUGUAGCACAGGUGUCUGUCGUCAUCAACUUUGACCUCCCUCUGGACAAAGACGGCAAUCCCGACAAUGAGACGUACUUGCACAGAAUUGGCCGCACUGGACGAUUUGGCAAAAGGGGUUUAGCAGUCAACAUGGUUGACGGCCCAUACAGCAUGGACAUUCUGCUCAGCAUCCAGGGACAUUUCAAUAAGAAGAUUGAGAAAUUGGACACGCAAGACAUUGACGAAAUUGAGAAAAUAGCAAACUGAAGACGGCAAGAAGGAGAAGGUGCAGCUUCCCAGCACUGUCAUUUAUUGCUAUGGUCUGUCAGCAGAUUGUGUGGAUUGGCAUUGUGAAAUUUGGACUCUACCAAAAAGGAAGUCUUCACCCCAAAGAAACAAAAGAUAUUGGGGUGCUACCAUAUUUUGCAUGGAAGGUAAAAGGUGGUAAAAUAAUGUUUACAUAAAUAUAAUGAAAUGGAUCUCAAAAAUGAGGACUUUGUUUCAAAGAGCUGGUUUGGAAUGUUACGGUCAGGGUUCUGUGUGUGGCCUUUCCCUUUGCUCAUGUUCUAUUUUGCUUUGAAGGCGUUUUUCAUAACCUGCGAAACCAAUCUCUGCACUUACAGGGGAUAGGAUUUUGAUCUGGCAGACACCUGAGGAACAGGUAUAUGUAGCCAAUCUAACAUUAACAUUUCCAUUUCUGGAAUAAUAUGUUCAAAUGUCUUUUGUUUUUGUGUUUGUUCAUUUUUACCUCGUGAAAAUUGAUAAUCCUGUGGGAUGACCUGAAGCACUGGAAGUGAGAUUGAAGCUGUGCCUUAUUUAUUUAUUUGGCAGGGUAUUGAGGGGCGCAAAUUGUGUGUACUUGAAUCAGUCCUGUUGUAUUCACUCAGCCUUAAGUGUUAAAUACUAACCUCUGCUGUUUUCUGGUUGCCUGAUCAGUGAGUGUGGUUCACAGGCACAGUAUCUACAUUCUUUUGAGAGGGUGAGAUCAGUUUAUUUUGUGAUUUAAAGAUUUAAAAUGCUUACAGAAGUACCAAAAAUAGUGGUAACUUAUUUUGUGAAAUUAUUUAUCAUUUUGUUUUGUGUUGUUCAAUGACCAAAUAUUUGAUACCUUUUGGGUUGAAAGUGUUUAAAAAAAGAAAUUCUUGAAUGUAAGUUCUUUUGACUUUUUGUACUGCAGUUUGGAUUGUGAAAGAAUGCACAUUGUUUGGGAAAUGCUGCAGAUGCAGUUAAACUGCAAUUUUGGAGAAAAUAAUAAUAAUAAAGAAUGCUAAGUUGCACAAGA